AUGGAGCUGAUGGAGAUCAGAACUACACCACAGAUGGAGCUGAUGGAGAUGAAGACCAGAACUACACCACAGAUGGAGCUGAUGGAGAUCAGUGAAGACCAGAACUACACCACAGAUGGAGCUGAUGGAGAUCAGAGGAAGUGGGAUCCCCAGACCAGAGUGGGAAAGUUGUUAGCAGGGAAUCUGUUGGUGCCAUCAGCAGCCUUCUUUACUGGCGGCUCCCGCUCCAUAUUUGUGGAAACAUGUCACCUCCCCAGUCUGACGCACAGUGUGAUUCACCCGGCCGUUGUGCCUCCGUUGGCUCUUACGCCAUCCUGGACUCUGCUUCCCAGGGAGCCUGUUCUUCCUUUGGCUCUUACACCAUCCUGGACUCUGCUUCCCCCAGGAGACUGUUCUUCCUUUGGCUCUUACACCAUCCUGAACUCUGCUUCCCCCAGGAGACUGUUCUUCCUUUGGCUCUUACACCAUCCUGGACUCUGCUUCCCCCAGGGAGACUGUUCUUCCUUUGGCUCUUACACCAUCCUGGACUCUGCUUCCCCCAGGAGACUGUUCUUCCUUUGGCUCUUACACCAUCCUGAACUCUGCUUCCCCCAGGAGACUGUUCUUCCUUUGGCUCUUACACCAUCCUGGACUCUGCUUCCCAGGAAGACUGUUCUUCCUUUGGCUCUUACACCAUACUGGACUCUGCUUCCCCCAGGAGACUGUUCUUCCUUUGGCUCUUACACCAUCCUGAACUCUGCUUCCCCCAGGAGACUGUUCUUCCUUUGGCUCUUACACCAUCCUGGACUCUGCUUCCCCCAGGAGACUGUUCUUCAUUUGGCUCUUACACCAUCCUGGACUCUGCUUCCCCCAGGAGACUGUUCUUCCUUUGGCUCUUACACCAUCCUGGACUCUGCUUCCCCCAGGAGACUGUUCUUCCUUUGGCUCUCACACCAUACUGGACUCUGCUUCCCACCUGAUCCUCCCCCAGGAGACUGUGCAGGCGAUGUGAGGAAUAGUUACUGUUUGGAGACGGAGGGAUUAGAGAGAUGUCUGCAACACAUUGAGGAUGCAGUAUUCAAACCCUGGCCACUGACAGACAUCCGAGUGUGAGGGUGACCUUGAGGGACUCACCUGCUGAUAUCUGGCAGGAAUGAGUAUGACCUGUGACCUGGUGGUCGUCGGGAAGCCAGAGGACCAUCCCAGCAGACUCUCCUGACUGCCCAAAGAGAGAGAGUGCCCAUCACUUUGGGGCGGUGGGCUGGUGUUCCGAAAAUGGAUAAGGAGCCAUUCAACAGCGAAUUCAAAGAUGCACACAUCUAUAAAGACAUAAAUGUACAGUGCCUUGCAAAAGUAUUCAUCCCACUUGGCAUUUUUCCUAUUUUGUUGCAUUACAACCUGUAAUUUAAAUGGAUUUUUAUUUCGAUUUCAUGUAACACAAAAUAGUCCAUAUUGGUGAAUUUCAAU